AUGCACCCUGCUCCCAGCAUCCGCACGCACCUUCUCUCCCUCGCCAGCUCGCAUCAGCUUCACGACCAGCCCACAGGACUUUACACUAUCUACGCCCCAGAGUGCUCGGCACAGCAGGUGGAGGUUACCCACCUUGGGGAUUUAUUUUUAUUUCUCCAAAUCUAUGUAUGCUUUCUCUUUUUACUUCUCCACAACUAGUUUGUUAAGGAGGAAGAGGUGCUGGACAAGGUGGAAAUCUGGGCACAGAAGUAUCUAUGCGCUCACCCUAUCUGGUUUCUGGUUGUCACUGAUCCUGACUAUGCCAAGGCUCUGUUGGCCAGAGGAGAUCCCAAGGAUAACAUCAGUUAUAAACACCUUGUCCCGUGGAUCGGAAAUGGGUUGCUGAUCCUCCAUGGGCCAAAAUGGCACCAACAUCGAAAACUCCUGACUCCAGGGUUUCAUUACGACAUCUUGAAACCGUACGUGGCCCUGAUGGCAGAGUCUACUAACGUGAUGCUGGAUAAAUGGGAACAGCUGAUCACAGAUGGGAAACCUGUGGAGCUCUUCGAGCAUGUCAGCUUGAUGACUCUCGAUAACAUCAUGAAAUGUGCCUUCAGCUGUCACAGCAACUGCCAGACCAACAGGAAAAACACCUACAUCCAGGCUGUCUAUGACCUAUGCCUUAUGGUGCACCAACGCCUCCGCAUCUUCCCCUACCAUAACGACAUCAUUUACUGGCUCAGCCCCCACGGAUAUCGGUUCAGGAAGGUCUGCCAGCUCGCUCACGAGCACACAGACAAGGUGAUCCAUGAGCGAAAGGAGUCCCUUAAAGAUGAACGGGAAUUUGAAAAGAUCCAGAAGAAGAGACAUUUGGACUUCUUGGACAUUCUGCUGUGUGCCAGAGAUGAGAACGGAGCUGGACUGUCCGAUGAGGACCUGCGUGCCGAGGUGGACACGUUCAUGUUUGAGGGCCAUGAUACUACAGCCAGCGGGAUCUCCUGGCUCUUCUACUGCCUGGCAUCACACCCUGAGCACCAGGCAAGGUGCCGGGAGGAGAUCCAGGGGAUCCUGGGGGACCGGAAGACGCUUCAGUGGGAGGACCUGGGCAAGAUGACUUACAGCACCAUGUGCAUCAAGGAGAGCCUUCGCCUUUACCCUCCGGUGCCCGGCGUGUCCCGGCAGCUCAGCAAACCCAUCACCUUCUCUGACGGACGCACCUUGCCAGAAGGCAGCGUGGCUGCGAUCAGCAUUUAUCUCAUUCACAGAAACCCCGCGGUAUGGAAAGACCCUUUGGUAUUUGACCCUUUGCGGUUUUCCCCGGAGAACAUCGCUGGCAGACACUCACACGCCUUUCUGCCUUUUUCUGCUGGAAUGAGGAACUGCAUUGGGCAGCAGUUCGCCAUGAACGAGCUGAAGAUAGCACUGGCCCUGACCCUUCUCCGCUUCAAGCUCUCACCCGAUCCCACCAGGCCUCCCUGCAAAAUACCUCAGAUUAUCCUUCGCUCCAAGAACGGGAUUCACCUCUACCUAAAGAAAAUCCACUGA